AUGAUUUUCUUAAAUUUCAUUUUGCCAAUUUUACAUGCACAUGUCCUAGAGACGCCUGAAAUAACAGCGGCUUUUUCGAAAAGCAUCGAUGGAAUCUUAGUCGAAACAAACGAGGCCUCACUUUGGAGAAUCGAAACUGGAGAGACAAAUUUUUUGCUUUUUGAUAUCUUCCCUCCAUGCGAAUCACCCGUCAUUAUCUACAAAAUUGGAACCUUGCCGUUAGAAAGAAUCUGCAACGAUGGAACCGAUCAGCUGCCAAUUCAUCUUCCUACAGAACAAGAAGAUCUCUUCGUCAAAUACACCGGCUCUGAAGAUAUCGCGUUCAGAAUCUGCCACUCACAAAAUUGCGGCUCCGACGAGCAGGACAACCAAAUCGAUGAUGUCCAAUCUGUGUCGCUUUGCUCCUCUCCUACUUGCACCACCCAAUACUUUCAGUACUUCAGUUACUGCUCGAGAUAUUGCGCUGCUCCUAAAAGGAUUUGGUGCAAUAAUGCCUGGAGAUAUAGCUACGCUUGCAAAAGAUGGCUUUUCUGCGCUGGAAGGUGGAUUCAUGACACUUCCUGUCCGCAAAUCACUCCAACGACUACAAAAGCUACAACAACCACUACAACUGUUAAACCCACUGCACCGAACGUAUCCAGAUGGCAUCUUUGUAGCACAGGAUAUUACUAUGGCCCCAGCUGCCCAGAGGACGCAGCAGAAACAGCAACUCCAACGACUGUAACGAAAACAACUAAACGAACAACAACCACAAGAAGACCAACAACAACAACGACAACUUUAAAACCAACAACCAGGCCUUCGAUCAUAUAUUGCAAUGGUAUCCCGUUCCGAGGAACUCAGUGUCCAGGAGCUCGACCAACGAUGUCCAUCCCAACAACUACCGAGAGUCAGGCUGACUCGCAAACACUUGAAUGUGGCUUCUCCGCUUUUUCCACCCGGCUGAUCACUGACCGAGAACAUUCGAGCGACACAAAUGAAGACGUCGAAAUUGUCGUUACCGGUCAAACAUUCGCCAACGACACUCGAGAAUUGACCGGUUCACUCGUCGACCUGUCAACUCCGUCGGCCAAUGUCAGUGCCACAAACGUCAUUAACGGCGGCUUUACUGUCACGCAAGAGGGCAAAUAUCCUUGGCUGGUUUCCAUUCGAACUAAACGCGGAUUUCAUUUUUGCGGAGGAGCGAUUCUCAACAAGCACUGGAUUCUAACUGCUGCUCACUGCAAAAUCAAGAAAUCUGAUAAACUGGUAUUCGCAACAUUGAAACGGAAAGGAACGUCAGGAGCAACAAUUCGAGGCGUUGGACAGGUAAAAACUCAUCCAAAAGCUAAGCAAACGAGAUACAACACUUGGAAAUACGACUUCGAACUUGUUCGACUUGAUCAAGCCAUUGAAUUCACCGACUACAUCCGUCCAAUUUGCCUGCCAACGCAAUAUACUCCUGGCCAAAACUGCGUCGUCUCCGGAUGGGGCAGAAUAAGUUCUACUCCAGUCAAAUAUCACGAUUACCUCCAAGAAGCAGAAAUUUCGACGAACAGAAAAAGAGAAUGCGGAGCUUACUCCCCACUUAUCGACGAAUCGAGUUUUUGCGCAGAAGGUCGCGCUUCUGCAUGCAACGGUGAUUCAGGCGGCCCUUUGGUCUGCGAGGACAGUUCUGGACGUGCAUUUGUCACUGGUGUGGCUUCCUGGGCAAGUACCUCUUGUGAUGUUGCAAAGCCAAGCGGUUUUGGAGACGUGGCUGCAGUGCGAAGCUGGAUCGAUGGAAUCAUAUCUAUCAAUGUCUGGGGAGAGAUUUUAGAGUUGGAAGAAGGCAGAAGAACAGGAAUUGUAGAUGGGCGCUAUAAUGGGACUGGUUUCUCACAAGCAGACGCUGGUCUUGGUCAUUUCCUUUCCUCAAAAGCAGCUACUCUCAGUAUCGAAUCGAUCAAUAAUGAACAUAGAUUCACGCUUGAGAUUGAUUUCACCGUCCAUAAUGCUCCUCCAAAUCCGAACUGGCAUGAAGGCAAAUCAUAUGAUCAAUUCGAACUGCGCUCUACUGCCGAAUACGAAGCAAUUCUGCAAUUCAUUCUUUUGGAGCUCUCUUCAUAUCUUGGUGUCACUAGCUCAGAGCUUAACUCAGCUGUAAUUAAAACCGAGCUCGACAUUAAUUUGCCAGGAACGAUGUACAAAGCCGUUGAUGAGUUGCGUCUAAACUUGGAGAACUUGAAUCUCCCGCUUUCAGAUCCUUACUCUUCGUACCAACCCUUCGAUAUUUCCUUUCACGAAAAUGCAGUUUCUUUAACAAUCGAAACGAACGUCCAAAUGACCCUAGAUCAAUAUGCUCUGACUGGAUCAACCACAGAGGACGAAAUAUUAUUACGACACGUCGCAUUAGAGAAGCUUUACCAAAUAUUCUCAGAAUCCCCAAUUCGUGCGCUUGGAAAUAUUAUUUUACAUAUAAUUACAAUCCGACCACUACAACGACGCAAGAGGGAGACAAGUACCAUACCUGGUAUAUAUGAAGUGGAACUUACGGUGGUAUACGAGUCAAUCCAGUACGCCGAGGAUAAUAUCACAGAUAUUGUGCUAGAGGUCUUAGAGAAUUCCGGCUACACAUUUGAUAUCCAGACCACCGAAACCGCAAAAAUGGACCCUUGCCUUCUCGUCACUUGCCCCAACGCAGACUGGACCUGCUCUGAAGGAGCAUGCAUUCGCCAAAAUUUCACCGUCGAAUGCUCUGGGCAGGGCGCAAAGCUUCAAAUGCGCUACGGCCAUAUGUUCGAUCGAACUGAUUAUUUGCCAACGCCUUUUGAUUUUUCAAAUUCAAUUCUUUUCAAUGAUCAAGUGAUUGAAGCUCAGGCUUCUGAGUCUGAAGAUUUUGAUAUCGAGCUAAAUAUUCCAAUGACGGCUUUUGACAUCCAUCAGUCAAACGGUACCAUUACUUACGGAGGCAAAGUUGAGGGUGCUCCAGGGUUAGUAAGAGACCCGACUGGAAUUUUGAACUUGGGAACGGCUCUUUCGUCGCGAUUCAGAUGUGAGUUCCCUGACCAUCUCGCCUUGUCCACAUCAGCAUCAAUGAUUUCGCUCGCCGACGCGGAGACGGAAUGGGUACUCGCGCCGGUUUCUAAUUUAGACGGCGACGACGAAGAAGAUGAAAUUGUUUCCGCGCCAGCCGCUGCUGACUUUGUUCUCGAGUCCUCUGUGGAUCCAGACAAUCCACCGAAGAUCGGCGAACGGAUCACCCUCUUUGUGAUGCCGGAAACUGGCUUUAGCGAGCACGAUCCCAUUGUUUAUUACAUUGAUCAGAUCACAGCAUCAGAUCCUAAUAACAAGUCGACCUCAACCGUCAUCUAUAAAAACCCUUGUGCCUUCAAAUUCCUCUUCAUGGACUUCUCGAAUGCAGCUGAAGCAACCAGUUUGGGAGCAUCACAAUCUUUUUCGCUAAAUACCUUCGUUUUUCCUGGAUCAAGUUCGCUCGAAUUUGAAAUUGAGAUGAAAUUAUGUGUGAUUGAUGAAAAUGGAGAUCCUGUGGCCGAAGGGUGCUUAUUUGAUGAUGAAUGCUCUGAUCCGUAUACGAGACUAUGA